CGCAGCGCGCUCCACAAUCUAGCGUCGCUCCGCAUAUCGAGGCCUGUGCUGCCGUACCCUCGCUCGCGUAGGGCGGCGGUGCUCAUUGCGCUUUUCGUUGGGCGGAUGGGAGAUCUGUACGUGCUAUUGAGUCGGCGCGCGGCAACUUUGAGGACGUAUGCUGGCGACACAGCGCUGCCUGGAGGUAAAUUGGAUCGGGAGGACUCCACCAUCGAGGAUACAGCGAGACGGGAAGCAUAUGAGGAGAUAGGCUUACCGCGCGACAAACAAAGAAUACCACUUCUCUGUGUGCUUGACCCUUUCCUUGCUGGAAAUGAAAUACUAGUCACGCCAGUGGUGGUUCUGAUCCUUGAUAACACUGUCCGCCCAAUCCUCAACGCACCAGAGGUCCACACCCUCUUCUCGCACCCGCUCGCCUCCUUUCUCUCCACGUCCGCGCCCUUCGCGACUGACACCGCGUCUGGAACGGAUGUAAGCUCGGACACAGACACCAACGCCGAGCGUGCCGCCAGCGCGACAAGGAUCCCCGAGCGCUUCGUGCGCAUGCAUCGCUUCCUAACAGGCCGAGAAUCAGGCGGGAUCAAGCCCGUCUUCGGCCUCACCGCCGCGAUCCUCAUCCACACCGCUGCUCUGGCAUACGCACGCCCACCCGCAUUUGACGUCUACGCCCCACAUCAGCCGUCGACCGCCGCACGCGUCGCAUGGGCACUGCGAUACGUCCCUGCCCUCCGCCAGGCGUGCAUCGCCGAGGGGAUGGAUCCUGACGGCACUGCGAGUGUCUGGGAGCCUGACGGGUUGCGAGAGGCGAGCAAAAAGAGAUCGGCACGCAAAUGGGCGAAGCUGUAG